AGAAGAAGAAGACCACUACCACCUCCUCUUCCUUUUCCUUUUCCGUACUUUCAUGCUAAAUACUAUACUUGACAGAAACGCGUGUACCGGCGGCAGUGACCCGGUGUUCUGCCAAUUCUUCAUACCUUAUCAGAUCUUCAUACCCCAACUGUCUGCGCAUGCGCAUUAGGCUCUGCGCAUGCGCAGUUAUGGACUGACUAACCCCACCCCGAUCCAUCCCCCUAACCCUAACCACUUUGUGAACGGUGGGUAGCACGUUUUGAUAGGUAGCAAAAUCUGACAAAACACCGGCCUCGGAUCAGCGCUCUGGUGAAUAUCACUUGCACUUUCUGAAAGUUGUAUGGCCAGUACCGAGCAGGUGGCAGCAGUAGGACAGGUUCUGGUGGACUCUGGACAGGACCUGACCCGGCGGUUCAGAGCUUUAUUCACCCUGAAGAACCUGGGAGGUGCUGAAGCUAUAGAAUGGAUCGGUAAGGCCUUCACUGAUGAGUCUGCCCUGCUGAAGCAUGAGCUGGCAUACUGCCUGGGACAGAUGCAGGACACACGGGCCAUACCCACUUUGACUGCUGUUCUCAAAGAUGCACAACAGGAACCGAUGGUCAGACAUGAAGCAGGGGAGGCUCUGGGAGCAAUUGGUGAUCCUGUGGUUUUGGACCUAUUGAAGGAGUACAGUCAGGAUCCUGUUGUAGAGGUUGCAGAAACAUGUCAGUUGGCUGUUCGGCGAUUGGAGUGGCUGCAGAGCGGCGGAGAGAAGGAGUUGGGGGAGGGAAAUACAGAUAAAAACCCCUACUGCUCUAUAGACCCAGCCCCUCCAGCAGUGAGGAAGAGUGUGUCAGAUCUGCGUUUCAUUUUAUUGGAUGAGAGUCUGCCACUCUUUGAACGCUACCGCGCCAUGUUUGCAUUGCGUAACCUGGGCAGCAAGGAGGCUGUGCUGGCACUGGGAGAUGGCCUGCAGUGCUCCAGCGCUCUGUUUCGCCAUGAGAUCGGCUACGUUUUGGGUCAGAUGCAACACCCAGCAGCGGUCCCAGCCCUGUGUGCUGCCCUGGAGUGUGCCAGUGAGAACCCCAUGGUCCGACAUGAAGCGGCAGAGGCUCUUGGCUCUAUCGGCAGGGAGGAGUGUCUAGCUGUGCUGCACCUUUAUUGUGGAGACCGAGAACGUGUCGUUAAAGAGAGCUGUGAGGUUGCUCUGGAUAUGCUGGAGUAUGAAAACAGUGACCAGUUUCAGUAUGCCGAUGGACUGAUAAGUUUACAGGGUUAAAGGUCAAUGUCAGCAGCUGAAGGGGCUUUCAUUCAAUCUCCCCCCUUUUUAACUUCCUAUAUACUAUUUUAUUACCUUACACAAUACAGGCAUCCGAACAACUCACUGCAAUGUCAAUAAAACUACUAGAUUCUCUGAGAUGAAACUUGAAACCAGGAAAGAUUAUCAGCACAUAAAAUCACAAAUUAAACUGUAAAAGCUCCAACAAACCAUACAGAGUUUGGUGAACUACAAGUUGACAUCUUAGUUGUGGUGUAUUUGGGUGUUGCUAUGGAGGGGGGGCAGGGAGAACAGAGUCCUUUGUGGUGGGGGUUUCUGCUUUAAGAUACCAUUGCAUUAAAAGUUGGAGCUAAUUUACUUUUUAUUCCAGUACACAGUAAAUCGCUGUAGAAAGUAAUAUACCCAUAUCUGCACUUCAUCGGUGUAACAGCUCAGGGCCGAUAACACAACUCAGUGUUCUCCACCAGGCCAUAGAUUUUUCUGCUAUUGUUUCAGGUUUGUGGAAUCUGGAAAUAAUAGUUUAAUCAACUUUGGGCUGAAUGUUGAAGGCCUGACAGACUAGUGGGCUUUUCUUCUGAAAGUACAUUGUGUUCUUGAUUAUUAUUAUUAUUAUUUUUUUGUCUGGGAGCUGUACAUGGUCAUACAGUCCAGUAAAAAUGGAGAUUAGACAGUGCUGCUUUUAAAUGUAAGCAUUGUCCUCAUUCAGGUGUCAUUAUAGUGUGAGCAGGCCCAGUGUCGGUUCAUUCUGCUGUAACUAAUGAAGACAAGCCAAAGACCAAUCCAUCCACAUCUCUGCUGUGGGAUUAUAGUACGGUGGGAAGUACCUGCUUUGUUGUGAGACUUCUUUCCAAACUGUAAUGUACUACAGAGAUUAGCAGACUAAAAUUAUAUUAGGACCUCGGUCAGUCAUGCUUGUCUGGUUGCUUUGUUACUAGAUUCCUGUGGAACACAUGCUGCAGUUUUUUUUUUAAAUAUUUUCCGUCAUUUAUUUAAAUUCAAACAACUUUAUUAAUCCCCCUAGGGACAAUUUGUCUGGUGCAGCUUGUUAUACAAUAAAAUACCAUACAAUAGACAGACCCCCUCUCCAAAAAAGUUGAAUAAAUCAAAUAAAAUCUAAAAGUCACAUCCACCAGCAAUACUUUACAUAGUCCUACAGUGUUUAGUAGAUAAAUUGCAGUGGGGAUAAACAAUUUGGAGUGAUGAUUAGUUUUACAAAAGGGUAAAACAUUACGAAGACCUGAAUGGCAAGAAAAUUCACCUGCUGAGGUGUGUUCAGAUGCAGCCACAAUACCUGUUGCCUUCCGGAGGAUUUGUUUGUUACAAAAGGAGCACAAAUCCCUCUGGUUCACAGCAAUAUUCUUUGAGCAGUAUUGUUCAGGCUGUUUCUCUGUCAAAAGAAAAGACUCUCAAUAAAACACUUGUAAAAAAAGACAAAGGAUAAUCAGACUGACAGAAAAUGGACUGAGUUUAUAUAAAAGUUGAAUUCUCUGCUGUCACCACGCUACAGUACCACUUGUGUUAAUAUUGAAUUUAAGCUGGUCAUCAAAAUAAGUUCCCAAGUAUUUGUGUGAUUGAACCAUUUCUACACUUUCAUUAUGUACAGUGAGGAACAGAAGUAU